AUGUUGGAAAUAAACGUUGUUGGAGACGAGCUUCUUGGAGUAUCUAUGAUGUAUGCUAUGACGGUUGGGAAGGUGGACGCGAACGCCUCAGUGAUGAUGGCACCAGAGGCAGACCAGAUGAAACACUCGAUUUGCCCUGGAGUAUCCACAAUACAGUGCUUAAACUUGUCUGAUUUCUUGUCGACCAAGCCGAUCACCUGGUCAAUUUUAGUGGAGAACAGGUUGAGUGACGUGACAAUAGCUCCGUUGGGACCCAAAUUGUAG